AAUUCGAUUUAACGGUCACUCAAGGCAUUAUACACUCGGCGUGUUGCACAUUCCUCGGUUUAAUUAAAGUAAAAACCAAUAAAAGGGUUAUAUAACAAAAUGAACAGCCUGAGAACAGCCACCAUGCGAUUUGCCAGCCUGGCUAGCUCCAGUGCGGGAUCUGUGGGCAAGCGGGACUUCACCCGUAGCCUGUGGCACAUGACCAAAAAGCCGGUGUCCGUUGGAGGAUCCGAUCAUGUAACCGUUCUGAAUCUCCACAAGCCCAGCAUCAAUUGCACGUGCGGGUGCAACGUACACACGAAAUGUGAGCGAGAAUUAGUGGAGUUCCUUACCGAAGAAAUCGUGGCCGAGCGCAAGGUGCAGAAAGGCAAGUCUGUUCCAAGCACUCUGGACGGAUUCACCGUCAAACUGAGCGGCGCCGAUGUCGAGCUCACAAAGCAGACAGAUAAGGAGAAGGUGGUGGUCAGCUUCAAUGUGAACCAUUCUGUAGAUAGCGAGGAGGAGCCGGAGAUCAACCCAAAUGCCGACAAACCAGAGCUGGGCGAGAUGAGGAGCAAGCCCCAGUUCGAGGUAGACAUCAUUAAGGGUAACUCCACGCUGUCCUUUACCUGCACCUACCUCCAAGGAGAAGCACAGGAGGGCGAGUACAACGACGUGUUCUCCAUUGAUGAAUUGGCCAUCUAUGAAGGCGAGUGGAACGAUAAAGUCUAUGCCGUGGCCGGCGACGUGCUUGAUGGCUACUUGUACGACUUGCUGAUCAACUUGUUGGAGGAGAAGGGCAUCAGUCAGGAGUUUGCCGAGAAAUUGUCCGAUCUGGCUACUGCCCACGAGCACACUUCCUACAUUGGUCUGCUGGAAAAGCUAUCUAAGUUCACUUCCGGUGGCAAGUGAAUGUUUGUUCCACCUAUUUUUGUGCAAAAAGUUGUGUAGAUUUUUAAGUUACUAUCGUCUGCUGCCGCAGUUUAUUUUCUAACUGAAACAUUUUUAAUUAGUUGUGUUUUUGGUUUGAUUGUGGCAGAUAGUUUUUAAGCCAGCAAACAUUUAUAAAUGUUUCAGAAACAGUUUUGGAAGCGGGUGCCAAUUUUUACUCAUCUCGGCACUAGCUUCAGUCUGGAUUUAAUUAAAUACAGCGUUAAUUAAUCAGA